GCGCGGCACAGGUUAAAGCGAGCGGUUCGUGUGUCGGAAAAGCUGGAAAUCAAAUCAAAAGACUUUAACGGAAACUGAAUGAUUUAUGAUUUUUGUGCUGUGACAAAUGAGAUUUAUUUUUGGACAAUAGUGGAUUUUGGCAAUCAGCUAGAAUUGUUCUUUAAGAGCCGUACAUUUUGGCUAUCAAGUAGCGCAAACAAAUAAAAUAGUUACUCUUAUAACUAAAAAAAACUAAAACAACCAACAAUUUGUGACCCCCUGGCAGCACUUGCAUUUUCCCUCACGAUCAAUCGCCCAAUAACUCCCGACUGACACACAUUUGAUGAGAACAAAUAGCAAACUUAAAUAAAUCAACCGAAAAUAAUGUCAACGAAAUCAAUGGCAGGCCACGGCAGCUGCAACAUGUUGCUGCUGUGUCUGCUGCUGUUGCUGCCGGCAGUCUCCCCCGUCCGCUUGCCCAAGAGCAGCAGCGACAACAAUGCAACAGCAGCAGCAACAGCAACGGCGACAGCAGCAACAUCUGCUGGCAGCAACAAUGCCAAUGCCAAGGCUGCCAGCAAAUAUGAGAUACGCGGCGUUGCCGGUGAACCAAAUUACAAAUCGGUGAAUCUGACCUGGGAAGUUGAAUUCGUGCCGACGGCCCAUGACACAGAUUCGAGCCCCAACUCCAGCUCCAGCUCCAACUCCAACUCCAGAGCAGGCCAGGUGAACGCGACAAAUAUGAGCGGCGAUGUGGAACCGCCCCGGGCUCUGGCAUUCCAGAUCUUCUACUGCGAGAUGCAGAACUACGGCCCACAGCGGUGUCGCGUCAAAUUGGUGAACGGCACCACCGCCGCUGUGUCCCAGGAGGAUUUGGAGGAGAAGGAGAAGGAGCAGCAGGACGAGCACGAUCCCUUAGGUUCUCAGGUGCAGCACUUCGCCGCCGCUGUGGAAAACUUGCGGAUGGCCACCAAAUACAGUUUUCACAUUCGCCCGGCGGCUCAAAGGCGCCUUCAGGCGGGCGGUACUCGAAGCUCCAAUGCUCGCGCCGAAUUUCACGACGAAAAUGAGAUCGAGAGUGGAACGGGACACCUGCCUGGCCAGAGCAUUGUCAUACCCACCAAGGGCUUCACUGCUCAUGCCACACAGUGCUUGCCCCACGCCUCGGAGAUCGAGGUGGAAACGGGUCCUUAUUUCGGAGGACGCAUUGUCGUGGAUGGAGGAAACUGUGGUAUCAAAGGUGAUGCCAGUGAUUCAGCGGAUAAGUACACGAUGAGGAUCGAUCAUAAAGAGUGUGGAAGCUUGGUAAAACCAGAGACCAAUACGGUGGAGACCUUUAUCACGGUGCAGGAGAACCUUGGUAUCUUCACGCACAGUACGAGACGCUUUGUGGUGGUCUGCAGCUAUCAGUCGGGCAUGCAGACGGUCCGCGCAAGCUUCUCUGUACCCGGCAAGAACGGAGUGGCCGCCGCCUACGAGCCCAACGAUCCCUUCCAGCCGGACGAGGAUCAGCGUUUGGGCAGGGAACUCCGCCAGAUGCGCUACGUCAACAAGACGGAGCUAGUGCUGCGGGAGCCAGCGGACUCCUCCCAGUCCGAUCCCCAAUCCGAUUCCGAGUCCGAAUCCGUGGAGCAGGCAGCGGUGGUGGAGCAGACCCAGCCACCCACUACGGAGCAGGAGCAGGCUGCUCAGUCCAGAGGUCAGGGCAGAGCUCUCAACCUCAACGAGGUCAACAGCUUGGCGGAGGAACCGGCGGAGGGUCAUCAUUUGGAGCCAGUAGUGGGCACCAAGUACGCCAAACUGGUUGUGGACCAGACCCACGACUCCUGGAUGCCCCUGGAGGCGGGCUCACCACCAGGUGGUAACGUGGAGGAUGAAGCCGUUCUGCGUUAUAUUGGCUCCCAUCUGAGCAGCGUGCUGGUAACCGUUUCGCUAUCUGUGAUAAUCAUCAGCAUUUGCAUCGUUCUGCUGCAGCGCCAGCGGAUCCGCUCGCCGCCCCGCAGCCCCGCCCCCUCGCUGGCCGCCCACCUGCCGCACAAGACGCUGCCGCGUGCUCUGCAGCAGCAGCAGUACCAGUGCACCUUGUAGGUGCCCCACCUGCCCCCAAACUCCACCGACUGCCCCGCCUCGUCCUCCGGCCUCCAGCUCGCUAUGCCCACUUGUCUUGCUGAAUGUCAAAAGGAAAAGAAGAAAACUCCAUUUGGCUGAAGAUGACUGCGCAUAGCCACGCCCCACGCCCCCCACUCCCCAUAAAUCCUGCGGGAACUGCGGUUCCCAACUCAAAGCCCCAACGGUACCAGCGGGAUCGGCUUCCUACGAUUUACAUAAUUGCAAACUCGACUUUGACUCUGGCCAAGCUUUAACUGCGAUCGCGAUCACGAGGGAGGACGAGCGGGCAGAGGCAGUUCUCAUAGAGCGAGAUUAGUCUUUAGACUCCUAGACGUACGAUUUUUGUAUAAAUUAUUUAUGCCCAGAAAAUAUAUAUAUUUAUAGCUACUAAA